AUGUCUCUGUGCACUUCUUUGCCUUUAACAUACGCCAAUUUCAAGGAUGAUAGCAGGAUGCCUGACUCUUGCCGAGGAGGCACUAAUGGCGCGCAAAACACACGGCCUCGUUCCACCCGUGUUCGGUCGCUUGGUCAUCGCCUGAAUAGGCAGGCAGCAACAAAUCUAGCUGACCUUUCGAAUGUGACGGACACGCUUGUGAAACAUGCGGCGAGGAACCCCUUCGUCCCCUGGAAGGUUUGGAAGCGUGGCGGAGGUACCUAUCUUCCUUGCCAUGUGGCUAUAACGCCGGCAUCUUCAGACUCUGCAGUUUCUUUGCAAUCCAUCAAGGCGAGUCGAACUCCUGUUCGUCGGCUGCGGCGACUAGCCCGUGAAAAAGGAGGCAAUGGAUUUGCUUCCAAGCCCUCCUUAGCCGCGACGAUCUCUCCGGGUGCUUCACCAUUCUUUUAUGCUGCCACAACUUGCGCAACUUUACCGGCUCUGCAUGGACAAGACCUUCCCCCUUCCAAGGAUGACGGAAGCGGUUCCAGUCAGGAGAAAGUUUGCCGUGCUGAUGACGGACUGACGACAUCGGAAGCGCACCGAGUGACCGGACCUCGGCCACGUCCGCCUGUCCCACCGUGGCUGUCACUGAGGUGUAGCUCGUCUACAGGCGCUUCCGUGUAUACUAAUGACUUUCCACGCUAUUGUUAUCCGCUUUCACGACCUGAAUCUGAGGACCCUCCACCGUUACCACAGCUUACUGAGUGUUUUGACGGGUUUGAAAAUGGGACGGAAGGUGCGAUUCUUCCAGCACGGAAUUCACUGUCUUCCGACGUGGCGCGGCGCGUUCGUUUCUGCAUCAAGCUUCGAUCUCUGAAACAAAUCGGUGAUUGGGGCGAAGAUGACAGCGUCAGUGUGUCGUCUGCAGAGCCGUCAGAUGCGUCCGAGGAUCAGCAUGAACCGUACAUCGACUCUUCAACCUCCCAGGGGAGUUCGCCACCUGGUGAGGGCGUUCGCGCAGUCGGACUUUCCGAGAAACCAGCCUUUUUGCCGUCGACAGCGAGUACGGUAUCAAGCGUGAAGAAGGACAAAGGCGAAGGAGGUGGGCAUCUGCGAACGUCUUACUCCCCCUCUGUUGGUUCGUCAGUUGAUGAAGGAACGGGAAGUGGGCUGCUUUAGAUUUUGGAUGACGAAUUCGUACUCUCACAGGGUACACAGGAGUUGGCAAAACAUGCUCGAAGCAACAGUUUUGCCGGUGGGCAUUUUAGUUGCUUACACCUGGUGGCGAAAACACCUCUGCUUGCGGCAUCGUGGACAGACCCACGCACAGCAGCUUUCCAGCAAAGUACGGGGGUGGCAAUUUUGGUUAAGCCCGGCAGGUAGAGCGGCGAACCCAGUAGGUGUUCGCGAGAGUUCUGCAAGAAGGCACUCAGUGACAGGUGCCAAUACAAGCUUCGAGCGAAAGAAGUGGAGCCGGGCGCGCCCAGAUCCGACAUUUUCUGCCGUGAUAGGGAACCGCGUUAGUCACCAAACGAGGUAAGAGGCGGAGACGAUUCUGCGUACCUUUCCGGGAAUAUGACAGUCUGCAAUCGAGAAAUAACUCGGUAGAAAAUCGAUCUGUGUGUCGACGGCGGCGGAUCCUCAUGCGCAGUGAGACUGUCGGACGAUUUGACAUACUCUGAGUGUUUGUAUUCGUUUGGAAAUGCUCCGGACACCAUGGACAGCUUUACUGUUCAUCGGCAGGUUUGAUGGUGGAUUUGUCCGUUUGCGAUCUACGACUUUGGGUGUCAUGACCCACUCUGCUGAUUCGGGAUUUGGAUCAGCGUCUCAUCUGCGGGGGGUACGAGGUGGGUCCGUCCGACGUCGGCAGGAGGGAUCUGAAUGUCACUGACUAGUGCGUGAAUUUCCCCCACAGAACGUCGCACAGGAAUCUGCGUGGGAAUUUCUUGUGCGAGUGCUCGUGAAACAUUGGUGGGUAUAUGCCUAGAUGCAUGUUUAGCAUGAUGCGCGCAGAAGCCUUGAGCGGAAAACGGUGCUGUAUAAGUCAGAAAGGGUUUCGUUGCCAUGGUUGUUGCCACGCGCUUUAGCAUUGCUCUGCUCUUGCACUGCGCGGCGAAGUGUUGUUGGAGUGGCUUCGGAGAAGUUGCCCUGAGAGCGUUGCGUGCCUCGAGCCGGAAAGUGGGUUUAAAAUGCGCAUGUUGCUGUGUCUGGUUGUCUUUUUAGUGUGGCGGGAAUAUGCAUGUGAAAGCCCUUGAUACGUCCGUGCGCCGAAAUACCCUUCAGCUCUGUUGGGUGUGCAACGCUUGGUGGUGUCAAAGCACCACGGAGAUGUACAAGCUAUGGUCGGGAGACGGCUUGAAGGACAUGCCCACAUUGCUGUAACCGAAUACAGUACCCGCUGCACAGCGUUCUCGAAUGCCAAUUCACCUUUUGUAUUGCUGAAACGGUAAAAUGUAGCAAAGUUGAUGGAUUCAACUUUCCUCGAACCCCCGAAAGCCAGUCGAAUUGUGGGCUCGCAGCAACCCGUGAAGCAUGUCAGCGCCUGAAUUACUGACGCCAG